AUGUAUUUUUCUUGUAGUGCUUGGGAUACAAGUUGUCAACCUAAAUUCCAUGGCGGUCUUGGUCUUCGUAAAUCAGAUGCUAUUAACCCUGCUUUCUUGGCUAAACUUGGUUGGAAGAUUAUGUCUAACCCGAAUAACUUAUGGGUCCAAUCUGUCACUGCUAAAUAUUUAUGUAAAUCCCAGUUCCUUACCUACUGUACUCAGCCUAGAGACUUUUGGAUUUGGAAAAAGAUUCUUCAAAUCCACCCUCUCUUAAUUAGUGGACUUCGUUUGGAUCCUGAUCAAAUUGCGAAUAUUGAUAUCACAGUUGAUAUGUUCAUCACUGAUAAUAAUACUUGGGACGUCCCUCUUCUCCUUACGGUUCUUCCCAAUAAUAUAGUUCAAACUAUUCGAGUAAUCCCCCUCCCCUCCUCUCCUAUUCUAGAUGAACCUUGUUGGGGUCUCUUUAAAGAUGAUCAGUUCACUGUCAAAUCUGCUACUUGGCUUGCUCAUUCUCAUUGGCUUAGUUGCAUCCCUCAGAUUCAUCAGAUCCAUGAUUUUCCACUUCGCCUAAACUCUUUCCUAAGGAAUGAGAAUCUCGUUCCCUUCUUGACGCCAUACACUUUUCGACUACGUCACCUCCACUGCCGCCUCCUCCUACCCCCCUACCUAUUGUCUCGUGGUCUCCACCCCCAUUCGGCUUUUGUAAACUUAAUUUUUGAUGGUUCAGCCAACCAGAAUUCUACUACUGCAAGUGUGGUCAUUCGAGAUCACCUCGGGAAUCACGUGACCAGUCGAACUUAUAAUUUAGGCUCUAGUUCGGCCUUCCUUGCCAAAACUAUUGCCCUUCGUAAGGGCCCCCUUCUUGCUAAGGAAUUUAUUAUAUCAGAUAUUUUUAUUGAAGGCGAUAAUCUUACUGUUAUUAAUAUUUUGCAGGGUCAUUUCAUUUGUCCAUGGAAACUUCAGCUUCUUAUGGCGGAUGUCAAGGCUAUUUUGGAUUCUUUUACAAGCUUUCAAGCAAGACAAAUCUAUCGAGAAGGCAAUCGGGCAGCAGACUAUGUUGCCUCUCUCGGCUACUAUCGGAUAUCGAUCCGUUUUUAG